UCCAGCGCUCCAGCACCGCACCAAUGUCGUGGCUCACGCGCUCCAUCGCCGCCACGCUCUCCUCGCCGCGCGGCGAGCCCGAUCCCGACGCCUACUCCGACUCCGAGGCCUCCUCCGCCGACAGGGCGGCCGCGGAGGGGUCCUCGCCGUCGCCGCGCGACCCCGAGGAGGAGGAGGAGCCCGAGCAGCCCAACACCCCGAGCCGCGGCGUCAAGGACGACAUCUCCGAGCUCACCGAGACCCUCACGCGCCGCCUCUGGGGCGUGGCGUCCUUCCUCGCCCCGCCUCCGCCGCCACCGGAGCCCUCGUCCCAGCGCGAGGAGGACGGCGGGGGCGGGGAUGCGGAAGAGGAGGCCGACCCGCAGUCGCCGCGCAUCGCCGGGAUCCGGAGCGACCUGGCGGAGAUCGGGGGCAGGGUGAGGAGCGGCAUCUCCAUGCUGCAGAGCAACCUGGCCGUGGCCGAGAUCUCCAAGAUCGCGUCCUCGCUCCUGCCCUUCGGCCAGGAGGAGGCCGACGAAGGGGAGCCCGUCGUCGGCGCCACCGAGGAGGUGCUGGUCUUCGUCAGGCACAUCUCGACGCGGCCUGAGACGUGGCUUGAUUUCCCUCUCUUCGUCAGCGAGCGUUAUGCAGAUGAUUUUGAACUAUCGGAUGCUCAGUACGUCCAUGCAUUAUCCAUGGAGCAUCUCGUGCCAAGCCUAUCAGAAUUGAAGGUUCAGAUUUGCUCAACUGAUAUGAGUGAAGCAUGUUUCUGGAAGAUCUAUUUUGUGCUUCUGUACUCAAAGCUCAACAAACAAGAUGCUGAACUUCUAUCAACACCACAGAUCCUAGAAGCAAGGGAGGAGUUGCUGCAAAGUUUACAGGCUAAGAAUAAGCGAGGAUCUGAAAGUACUGGGGAACCAUCAGAGAAUGCGAACGCAUUCUCUCCCCCUACUAAGGAGAAGGUGAUACAGCCUUCAAGCAUUCAAGAUAAAGAGGCCAUAUCGGAGGUUCGGUCCUUCGAAGAAGCCACUUCCGACAUCACACCAGAAAUCGUGGCUGAGAAGUUCCCAGUUUCAACCACUGAGGUGGAAAUCGUUGACAAGUCAGUGAUCGAAGAAGAGUUGUCUGUGAAAGACAAAAGCAAGACUUCAUCAGUUGAGUCCAGACCUCGCGCCGACGAGGAUGAAGUGGACGAAUGGCCAGAUGAUGACACAGACGAGGAGCCUGAGGCCCCUGGGACAGCAAGCAACAGGCCGUCGCUGGGGCAGGAGGAGGAUGUGUCAUUCAGCGAUCUGGAAGACGACGAGGAUGAUGACAAUAAAAGGGUGGGCAAGUAGCUAAGCUACCGCAAGGGUCCAGUUCGUGCCUGGCACAAUCAUCCCAGCCUCCAACAGUUCCACAAGCACACGAGCGCAUGCUGCCUUCACUCAAGGGACUACAGAUAUGCAGUGAUGGAUGGGUCAUGGGUUGAAGUAAUGAGUCCCAAAGCUGGCUGGCCCUGUGAUGGCCUGAAUUAGGACAGUAAUGAUAAGCCUCUGAAGCUCGUGUUAGUGUUGAUGGUGAGCAGUACGCCUGUAUCAUUGCAUUGGCCUGUUUCUGUACAUAGAGCCCUCUGGGCGGGGCUGGCUGCUGUAUAAACCAACCUGGCAACCAAUCACUCUGUCGAUCUGAGUUUUCGUGCUCGCUGUUCGUUUCUUGCAACAGGCGUGCAUGCGCUGAAUAAUGCUCGCUGUGUAGCAAGACCUUUGGUUUGGGCUCCCCGUAAUUAGAUCUGAAUACAAAUCUUUGCUUGGGUAUCAUUGUCCAAGAUAUA